AUGGAUCGUCAUUGGAUAAAUAUACCAAAUAAACUUUCAGCAGAAUAUGCUGCUGGAAUGAAUGAAUUCAUUAGUGUUGCAAGACACUUCAUGGACUCCAAUGGGAUGGUUCUAUGCCCUUGUUGUCGAUGCGUGAAUAAGAAAUCACAAUACAUGCAUGUGAUAAAGUUGCACUUGAUCACUCAUGGAUUUCUUAGUACUUACACAAGGUGGUAUCACCAUGGUGAGCAAGUAGAGGAAGUAGAAGAUGAUGGAUUAUUUGAUACCGAGGAUAAUGUUGAAGAUUUGGAUCAGAGUGAUGAUUUGGCAGCAGGUCUUCAUGAUGCUAUUGGUAGUAAGUAUUUUGACAUUGGUCCAACUAGUGACUUCAAUGAUGAAUCUCCACUUAAUGUGGAUGACAAGUAUGAUGCAUUGUUUGAGUCACUUCAUAAGCCUUUGUACAAUAAUUGUAAAGGUUUCUCUGUCUUAAGCGCGACGGUGAAGUUGAUGAAUCUCAAAGUGCUUAACAAAUGGACAGAUAAAUCAUUCGACGGUCUUUUGGAGUUGUCAUGUCCUGUAUGCAAGUCUAGUCGUUAUGUACGAAAUCAAAUCCCACAUAAACGAAUUAGAUGGUUCCCAAUCAAGGCACGACUUAAGAGAAUGUUUAGUUCGAAGCACACUUCUAAAGAUAUGCGAUGGCAUAAAGAGGUACGAAAAAAUGAAGCUGGGAUUUUACGUCAUCCUGCUGAUGGGGAUGCUUGGAAGCAUUUCGACAUUGUCUAUCCUGACUUUGCAGCUGAUUCUAGGAGUGUACGAAUGGGGUUGGCGUCAGAUGGGUUUAACCCUUUCUGUCCUAAAUAUCCUGGAAAAGAUUAUGAUGUGUUCUUGAUGCCAUUAAUUGAAGAGCUUAAAGAGUUAUGGGAUGGAGUCAAUGCAUAUGAUUUGUAUGGUCAAUGCAUGUUUAAACUUCGAGCUGCAGUCUUGUGGACAAUUAGUGAUUUUCCUGCUUAUGCAUACUUGUCUGGGUGGAGCACUGCUGGUAAAUUAGCAUGUCCUGUUUGUCUUGAAGAUACAAGAUCUAGAAGAAUAACUGACAAACAAUGUUUCAUGGGACAUCGAUGUUAUUUGAAAAGAAACCAUUCUUGGAGAAAAAGUAAAGAAUAUGAUGGAUCUACUGAAUUACGUGGCCCUCCUAGAACUUUUACUAGUGAUGACAUUUUAAAGCAAUUGGAUGAAAUUCCUAUUCAUACCCCUGGUAAAGCACCAAGUAAUUCUUCUAAAAAACGUAAGCGUGGAGAGAAAGAGCUGAAUUGGUGUAAAAUAAGUGUUUUGUUUGAAUUGCCAUACUGGUCAAAGCUCUUGCUGCGUCACAAUCUUGAUGUGAUGCAUAUAGAGAAAAAUGUAUGUGAUAACAUUAUUGGAAUACUUUUAGACAUUGAAGACAACAUUCGUGGUACUUUGAUUGAACUCUGCCAAUUCUUUCAAAAAAUUUGUGCAAAAACAUUACAAAUUUCUGACAUAGAAGAAUUGAGAGAUGGAAUUGUAAUAAUUUUGUGCAAGUUGGAAAAGAUAUUUCCCCCAUCAUUUUUUACCAUAAUGGUUCAUCUUUGUGUUCACCUACCCGGUCAAGUGUUAUUAGGUGGUCCAGUUGCUUCGAGAUGGAUGUUUGGGACAGAACGCCAUAUGGAGACAAGAUUCACAAGACCCGAGCGUAAUUGGGAUAUACCUUCUCCAAAUCAUAAGUUAGAUGUUUUCAACUCCAAUGUUUGUCCAUUAGGGGCAUCUACUAUCAAAUUACUUCAAAAUUGGAGACAAGUCGUUCAAUGGUAUAUAUUGAACAAUUUUGUAGAUGAUAUCCAAGAUUUUAUCGAUGAUCAUAUAAAGUUGUUGGAAGAAAAAGGUCUUUCAGAUUCAGAAGUUGCCUUAGAGCACAAAGAACAAUUUCCUUCUUGGUUUAAGAAUAAAGUGUCUCAAAUGCGAGUUCAAAAAUCACCUCUUGCCAAUGAUGAUUUUCACUCUUUAUCUCAAGGUCCACUUGAACGGUACAACACCUACCAAAGUUGUAUUGUAAAUGGUGUUCGAUUUCGAUGUAAAGAGCGUGACGAUACUCUUAAGACACAAUGUUCUGGAAUUUUCACUGAAGGUGAUCAUGACAAUAUUAAUAUCCUAUAUUAUGGUGUCUUGAUUGAGAUUUUGCAGUUGUCAUUCGUUUUAGAUCGGAAGGUGUUCUUAUUUCGUUGCAAGUGGUAUAACUCUAAUCCAAAAGGUAGAUCAAUUGUUGUGGAUCAUAAUUUGACUUCCAUCAAUACAUCUACUGAUUGGUAUUCUAAUGAACCAUUUAUCUUGGCAACUCAAGCACAACAAGUUUUCUAUUUGCUUGAUAUGAAGCGUGGUUCAAAUUGCCGGAUUGUUCAAAAAGUAAAUCAUCGAUCUAUUUAUGACAUUCCUGAAAUUAUGGAAGAGACAGUAAAUAAUGAUGUGUUUCAAGAAGAAGAAUCAUUUCAAUUGCCACCUUUUCAACCAACUGAGGAUUUCAUUGAAAGUUCGUCUUUAGUUCGAUUAGAUGUUCCUUCUGUAACUCUUUCAGACCAAUUUGUUGUUGAUUUAUUUUUAAACCAAAAUCAAAAUGUUGACAAGGAUAGUGACUUAGAUGAAGAUUUUGAUGAAGGAAAGAUAUUCUCUAAUAAUGAAACAUUUCUCUCAAGUGAUGACACCAAAAGUUAUACAGAAUCAGAAUGUGAUGAUGAUGCAGAUUCUUAA